GCCAGGAGAUACGGUGCUGCGGUGAAGGUGCCCGGAAAGGACUGAGUUCCAAACCAAGAGGAGAAGGAUUUCUUUCAAAGAGACAAGUCAAACCACUGCAAGGAGUGAGACCUUCCACCACCAUGAUGAAGGAAACCACUGAAAAUGUCUCUCUGGAUGAUGCCGGCUGGAGCCAGACCAAGCCCCAGGAUGCUAUUUUUUCCUCUGAAGAAGAUAACAGUCUGUAUUUCACAUACAGUGGGAAAUCAAACGUUCUUGAGGUCAAAGAACUCAAUUACCAGGUUAACACAGCAUCCCAGAUUCCCUGGUAUGAAAACCUUGCACAGAUGAAAAUGCCCUGGACCUGGAAAUCGGAUCCCCAUUCUCGUGUGCCAAUAAUCCAGAAUCUGAAUUUAAAAGUUCGAAGUGGUCAGAUGCUGGCUAUUAUAGGAAGCACUGCUGGUGGAAAGACAUCCUUGCUUGACGUGAUAACCUGCCGGGAUCAUGGAGGCAAAAUCAAGUCUGGUCAAAUCCUGAUCAACAACGAACCCAGCACUCCCCAGCUUGUUAGGAAAUGCAUAGCACACGUGCGGCAGGAUGACCGACUGCUCCCCCACCUGACUGUCAGAGAAACACUAUUGUUCGUUGCCAAACUGCGCCUUCCGAAGUUUUUUUCAGACUCACAAAGGAAAAAAAGGGUAGAAGAUGUCAUAGCAGAGCUGCGCUUGCGCCAGUGUGCAAACACCAGGGUAGGGAACGAGUUCCUCCGUGGCGUUUCAGGAGGCGAGAGGCGGAGAGUGAGCAUCGGUGUGCAGCUGCUCUGGAACCCGGGAAUACUCAUACUUGAUGAACCCACAUCUGGACUGGACAGUUUUACUGCACAUAACCUCGUGAUAACAUUAUCCAGACUGGCCAGGGGAAACAGAUUGGUUCUUCUUUCACUUCAUCAGCCUCGGUCAGAUAUCUUCCAACUGUUUGAUUUAGUACUUCUGAUGACUUCUGGACUCACUGCCUAUUGUGGAACAGCUAGAGACAUGGUCCAGUAUUUCACAGAACUAGGCUACCCCUGCCCAAGGUACAGCAAUCCUGCGGAUUUCUAUGUUGAUUUGACCAGUAUCGAUAAACAAACUGCAGAAAAGGAAAUGGAAAGCCGAAAAAGAGCAAAUACUCUUGCCAACUUGUUCCUAGAAAAAGUCAAACAUUUUGAUGACUUCUUAUGGAAAGUUACUGAAGGAGACAAUGUUGUGACCACAGUCAGCAACCAAAGGUCCCAUUUAAACUCAGAAGAGGCUAUCAACAUGCCUCACCAUUCAAGUGAUCAGUUACCAGGAGCCUUAAAGCAGUUCACUGUAUUAUUAAGUCGUCAAGUCUCCAAUGACUUCCGAGAUCUUUCAACGUUACUAAUCCAUGGACUUGAGGCCCUUCUUAUGUCAUUAUUAAUUGGAUUUUUGUACUAUGGCCAUGACAAAGAUGGACUCUCUAUUCGUGACACAACAGCACUGCUCUACAUGAUAGGUGCCCUAAUCCCAUUCACAAUAAUUCUGGAUGUUAUUGCCAAAUGCCAUUCAGAAAGAGCAAUGCUCUAUCAUGACUUGGAAGGUGGAAUGUACUCUGUUAGCCCAUACUUCUUUGCUAAGAUUUUGGGGGAGCUCCCAGAACACUGUGCUUUUGUUAUAAUUUACGGAGUUCCCAUCUACUGGCUGGCAAACCUCAUUCCUGAACCAGAGCGUUUCCUGUUGAACUUCCUCUCGGUGUGGCUGGCUGUGUACAGUGCCCGUGCCAUGGCACUCUGGGUGGCAGCGCUGCUGCCCACCUUGCAGCUCUCGGCCUUCCUCGGCAACGUCCUUUUCACAUCGUUCUACCUGAGUGGUGGUUUUGUGAUAAGCCUGGAAGGUCUCUGGACAGUUCCUUUUUGGGUUUCUAAAAUCUCUUUCCUCAGAUGGAAUUUUCAAGGAAUGAUGCAAAUUCAGUUCACUGACCGGAUGUAUGAAAUGACUGUUGGAAACACUACUUUUCAAAUACCAGGGAAAUUUAUCAUUCAGUCUCUGGACUUGGACUCCCAUCCUCUCUACGUGAGCUACCUCAUCCUCAUUGGUAUCAUUUGCAGCUUCCUGCUUUUAUACUAUUUAUCUCUGCGCUUCAUCAAGCAGAAAUCAACCCAAGACUGGUAACAGCAGAGGAGGCAGCAGGUGACAGCGUCCCUUGCAGGAAGGUAGGGGAAGAACGAGCCCAAUUUUGGUCCCCCCCGGCAGCCUCCCAGAAGAGGCGGGCGCCGGCAGCGCGGCUGCCACAGGAUGGCAGCAGAACCCCAGGAGUCGGGAUGCGGGCUGUGCUCCCCGCAAGGCUGCCACGGACAGCAGCUUCAGCCUGGGCUGGGGGUUCGGGGUGGGCUUUGGGCUUUUUGUUUGCUUGACACGCGGUUUUCAUA